AUGGCCACUGCAGAUCAAAAGGUCACAGUUGAGUCUAUAGAGAAUGUGAAGCCGCAGGAUAUGAAGGUAACGGAUAAGCUGCUGGUCGAUGCGGCUGGUGAGGUUCAACAUCUACCGGUUCCCUGCAGUGAUCCAAAUGACCCAUUGAAUUUCACGACAUGGGAGAAAAUGGGCGUUAUCAUCAGCUGUUGCUGGUUUUCAAUCAUGUCAUUGUCAGUGGUAGGGGGUCUGGGGGCCAUUCUGAACGUCUUCAUUCAGAUGUAUACUCCAGAAGGAAUCAGUAUAAGUGAAGUUGUCUGGUUGGGUACUUUUCCAUCUCUAUUCGUCGGCGUUGGAAAUUACUUGAUCCUCCCCCUGGGCCUGGUAUAUGGCCGGCGACCGGCAACAAUAGCCUCUAUUAUAAUACUUCUGGUUGCAACUGUUGGAUGUGCUGUCUCACAGACAUUUGGACAACAUCUUGGCCUGCGUAUUCUCCAGGGCCUAGCUACGGGUGCUACGGAAUCGUUGCUUCCCCUAAUGCUGUCUGAAGUGACAUUCGUGCACCAACGUGGCAUGAUCUUUGGAAUAUACUGGGCAACGCAGAAUGUGGUUACCAGCUGUCUAAAUAUCGCCAGUUCCUACGAGGCUGCGGCUUUAGGCUGGAGGUGGUUCUACUGGGUUUACGCCAUUGCGGUCGGUGUCGGCCUGCUAGUCGUUCUCUUUGGAUGCUUCGAGACGAGCUACCAUCGACGAGCUCAAAUCCUCAACGGCCAGCUGGUGGUGACGGACCAGUUCGGCGUCACACGUGUACUGGCUGGUACCCUGGCGCAGGCAUAUUUACAACAAGUACAGGACGCAGAUGACGAGUCGACCAUCCGGGACGAAGCACGACCAAAGAAAAGCUAUCUGCAGAUGCUUCGUCCCUGUCAGAAGCCAGGAAAACACCCAGUUCAAACGAUAUUGAUGGCCUGGUUUCACAUGCUUGAAGCAUUUAGUUCCCCGGGGAUUCUGUACGCCACCUUAUUGUCGUCCGUGGUACUUGGAUCCAGCAUCGGAAUGUCUUUGACCUACGAUACCGUGCUUCUGAGCUAUGACUGGUCAGCCAAAAAUGUCGGCUUGAUCAAUCUUGGUGGUGUAUUUGGCGGAUUUGGGGGAAUGUUGUACGCUGGAGUGUUUGGCGACUGGUUUAUUUUGCGCUUGGCCAAACGCUCUAAAGGUGUCCAUGCCCCCGAGCACAGGUUGAUUCUGCUGAUCUUCCCUGGCAUCUUAGCUGUGAUUUCCUUGCUGCUCUACGGUUUCACGGCAGCAGGCAGUGCCACUUGGGGGGGACCGUUUAUGGGCUGGGCAUUGUUCCAGGUGACCUUUGUGUCGGUGCUAAUUCUCUCUACCUCCUUCGCGGCCGAAGCUUGGGAGCAAAAUCCUGGCCCGGCCUUGGUGGCGGUUGUUGGGACUAAGAACAUCAUUGCAUUUGGAAUUAGCUACGGGCUGAAUCCGAUGGUGGCCAAGUAUAGCUACCCAACUGCAAUGGGGAUCUUAACGGCGGUCAAUGCCGGUGUUUUUUUGCUGGGAAUCCCGGUAUACUUCUUCAAUCCUGUUUGGCGUCGUUACAUGCAAAGGCGGGAGUUGCAGCAAAAAGAUUCGCCUGUGCUUUAG